AUGGUUUUUCUAUAUGGCCGUGACUACAGCCGGAGACACAAGGAUCCCGGUGAAUGUGGGAGUUGUUGUCGACCUUGAUACGCCGAGCGGGAAGGUUUAUUUGAGUUGCAUCAAAAUGGCUCUGGAGGACUUCUAUGCAUCUCAUGCUCACUACAGGACCAAGCUCGUCUUGAAUACUAGGAACUCCAAGGAAAAUAUUGUUGGUGCAGCUGCUGCAGCUCUGGAUCUGAUUAAAAAUGUAGAAGUGCAAGCAAUCCUAGGGCCAGAAACAUCAAUGCAGGCGAGCUUCGUUGUUAAUCUUGGAGACCAAGCUCAUGUCCCAAUUUUAUCAUUUUCUGCAACAAGCCCUUCUCUCGCAUCACUCCGUAGCUCUUACUUCUUCCAGAUUACACAAACCGACUCAUACCAAGUGAAAGCCAUAAGAGACCUUGUCAAAUGUUUUGGAUGGAGACAAGUUGUGCCAAUUUAUGUAGACGAUACGUACGGGGAGGGAGUUAUACCCUCUUUAAUUGAUGCACUACAAGAGGUGGAUGCUCAUGUUCCCUAUCGUAGUGUGAUUCCUCCAUCAGCCACUGAUGAUGAAAUUGGUGAAGAGCUUUACAAGUUAAUAACUAUGCAAACGAGAGUCUUCAUUGUGCACAUGAUGCCUAAUCUCUCGUCUAGUCUAUUUUCCAAGGCAAAAGAGAUUGGAAUGAUGAGUGAAGGCUACGUUUGGAUCAUAACGAAUGGAGUAGGAAAUCGUUUAUGGUCAAUGCGUCCUAUCCAACAAAAUGCAAUGCAAGGAGUAUUAGGUGUGGAAACAGAAGUUCCAAAAACAGUGGAGCUUAACAAAUUCCAAAUGCGGUGGAGAAGGCAAUUCCAGCAAGACAAUCCCACCAUGAAUGUGAUUGACGUUGAUUGUGACGCUUUUUCACUUCGGGCUUAUGAUGCAGCAUUUGCACUAGCCUUGGCCAUUGAAGAAGUUGGGAUGAAUACAAGUUUUGGUUUCCAAAAGAUGAAUGAUUCCUUCAACUCAAACGAUCUUGAUACGUUCAAGGUCUCUCAAUAUGGUCCAAAACUUGCCAAAGCCUUAUCAACUACUAGAUUCAAGGGCAUAGCUGGAGACUUUAGUCUUGUUGAUGGGCAACUUCAAUCAUCAACUUUUAAGAUAGUCAAUGUAAAUGGUAAUGGGGUAAGAACAAUUGCAUUUUGGACACCAGAAAAUGGAAUGGUGAAAACAUUGAAUUCAACAAACAAAAGUACACUUUCAAUUUCGAAGAAGUGCAAUUUUGGACCGAUUAUAUGGCCAGGAGAUUCUCUAUCUGUUCCAAGGGGAUGGGAGAUCCCAACAAAAGGCAAGAAGUUGAGAAUUGGAGUUCCUGUGAAGGUUGGUUAUACUGAGUUUGUUAAGGUAACUAAGAAUCUUGACACUAACACAACGGAAGUCACCGGGUUCAGUAUUGAUGUCUUUGAUGCUGUAUUGAGUGUAUUGCCAUUUGCUCUUCCUUAUGAAUUCAUUCCCUUUGAAAAUCCUGAUGGCACCAGCGCUGGCACAUACAACGAUUUGGUCUAUCAAGUACAUCUCGAGAAAUUUGAUGCUGUGGUGGGAGAUACAACAAUUCGAGCGAAUAGAUCCUUGUAUGUGGACUUCACAAUGCCAUACACAGAAUCUGGUGUAGUGAUGGUUGUGCCAAUCAGAGAUAUGAGGAUUAAAAACGCAUGGGUUUUCUUGAAGCCUUUGACAUGGGACCUAUGGCUAACAAUUCUUUGUUUCUUCAUCUUUAUUGGUUUUGUCAUUUGGGUGCUUGAACAUCGAAUUAAUGAAGAUUUUCGUGGCCCUCCCUCGCAUCAAAUUGGCACAAGCUUCUGGUUCUCCUUCUCCACCAUGGUUUUUUCACAUAGGGAGAAAGUCGUUAGCAACUUGGCCAGAUUCUUGAUGAUUAUAUGGGUAUUUGUGGUGCUAGUACUCACACAAAGUUACACAGCUAAUUUAGCAUCAUUAUUAACAGUCCAACAGCUCCAACCAACGGUCACUGGGGUAAAGGAUCUUGUAAAAAGUGGGGUUCCUGUUGGUUACAUGCAAGGUUCUUUUGUUUACGAACUCCUGAAAGACAUCGGUUUCGAAGAGUCAAAGCUUAAGGCUGUUAAUUCCAUGGAAGAAUCUGAUGAAGCACUUUCCAAAGGGAGUGGAAAGGGUGGCAUUGCUGCUGUUAUUGAUGAAACCCCCAACAUGAAGCUUUUUGUUGCAAAGUAUUGUUCCAAAUAUACGAUGAUUGGUCCAAUCUUCAAGACUGAUGGCUUUGGCUUUGUGUUUCCAAAGCGUUCUCCUCUGUUAUGUGACGUUUCACAGGCGGUCCUAAAUGUGACCGAAGGAGAGAAAAUUAUGAAAAUUGAAAACAGAUGGUUCAGUCAAGGAAGCCAUUGUGAAGAUAAUCCAACGGUCUCAAACAACAGUCUUGGGCUUGAAAGCUUUUGGGGUCUAUUCCUCAUCGCCGGGGUGGCUUCCAUUCUUGCUCUCGUCAUAUUUGCAGUUUCAUUUCUUCACAAUAAUUGUCAUAUCUUAAAUCAUGCUGAAUAUUCAAGAGCUUCGAAAUGGAGAAGGGUUCGAGCCAUGUUUGAAAUUUUCGAUGACAAAGAUCUCAGCUCCCAUAAUUUUAAAAGCAGUCAAGAAAGAGAUGGAAGUGCUGGUGUUCAAGAUGAAGUUAAGGCCUCACCUAAUAGCAACUGGCCUGGAAGUCCAUUCAGCUACUUCAACCAAAUAGAUAAGGAUUUCAGAUUCUACGAAGGGCAACAAUCUCCAUCUACUUCUACUAGUCAUGCAUCUAUGGAGACAACUCCUGAUAGAACUUAA